CUGCCGGUUGGUUCAUCUUCAUUAUGUUGCAGCAGGUUGACCGCAGUGGUAACGUGAUCUUGCUUUCGAUUUGAACUUUCGUGACGGAUAAUAUAGGAGACAUAUUGUGCCAAGUGAUCGAUACAUAUUAGAGCGAACAAAUUUUAGUAGUGUUCCAGUCCUAGAAGAAAGGGAAGUUUUACAGUGUAGAUAAUACAUACUUGAAGGGUCAAAAUGGUGCUGGAUAUCGCCCUAUCGAGAUACGACAAUACAACUCCAUUCGGAUUUAAGCUCAUCGGUGGAGCAGAUUUCGAUGUUCCGCUGCAGGUUGUCAAAAUUAUACCCGGAAGCAUUGCCGAGGAGGUCGGGAUGUAUCUCGGGGACGUAGUGGUACGCAUCAAUGACAUUCCGACAAGCAACAUGUCGUACUACGAUGCCCAUCAGCUGUUGGCCUGCGCAGGGAAUCGAUUUGUGCUUGGAAUUUUGAGAGCCCGCGAGAUUCCACCUCAGCAACGGGCAAUUGUCAAGGAGAAGACUCCGUGUGGCGAAGCAGACUUCAACAGCAUGCCGAAACCUUUCUGGUCUGCCGGUGCUUUCGGUGGUGCUCCGCAAACCAAAGAAGAGCGGGAAAUCGAGCAGAAAAUUUCGGACGUACCCAUAACCGACGAGCAAAUUGCAGAAAUUCUUUCAGGUGAAGCCGAAGUUCUGAAGCAGCACAACGUAAUUGGGGUCAACUUCAAGAAGAUGAUCCCCACGUCGGGAGUAUUCAAGCAAAGCGAAGUGUUCAAAACUCUCAACAGUGAACUCGUUCAAGCGGAGGAGGAUAAAGACAAGAAGUGGACUACGUUCAUGCAGAAGCCGAGCCGACCAGCCCCGAAGACCCGCGAGGAGCGUAUGCGCGAGCUAAACCCACCGACGGAGCGCUAUCAGAGUUCGGAAAGUUCGUCCCAGGCAGGAAUCGUAGAAGAAGGGGACACCAGAACGGCGGUACAGAAUGAGCUGAAGUUGCAAGUCGUCAAGAAGAAGAAGAAGGCUGUCAGCGCUUUUGGACCAUUGACUCCACAAGAACGACCGAUCUAUCUGCCCGGAGGACGUAAGUGGCGCAACGCUAAGGACGCUUUCAAUGAGCAGUUUAUCGCCGAAGUGAUCAGCUCCCAGGCUGAACUGAUCCAGGGAACCACGCUCGGGAACAUUUACGAAAGUCCUCAUCUUGGUUACGAUGAUAGGGUCAACUUUCUCAAGUAUCAGAAGCCGGAGAAGGACCUCACGUUCAUCAAAAACAGCGACGUGUACAAGUUGAUCCACGACCAGGACGCCCCGAAGAGCGGUAUUGAGUUGCGUCCGGAGCUUGUCUUGGCCGAGGAGGACGUCCGAAAGGUAAUGCACGACGAAACCAUCUUUCAGCCCCGCAAAGAUCGGUGCUUUCUGUACCAAAAUUGAUCGAAUUCCAUCUUUCAAUCUUUCAUCUUCAUCAUCCCAUUCAUGCUCAUCGAACCUCGAAUUGGCACCUGAUCCUGUCGCCUCCGCAAAACGUGCCUCUGCUCCUCAACUGCGCGAUCGGACGAUUCAUGCCUCGGACAGUGUGUAUCACCGUGUUGAAGAAAUCCAACCUUAGAGUUUGUGCAUAUUGUACUACCCCAAAUGAUCCCCAAUUCCCUUGAUUGAGUUGCUUUUGCCAAGUUCUCCGAACCUACUAUUUUUACCGAACGCUACGAUUGAUCAGACGUGAUCAGUCUGGUGAUUUCUGAUCGAACAGCAAAACAAAGACUAUUUGUAGAUUUAAGGAUUUUAAUUUUAGGAACAACUUUUCAACAUCCUUUCCCUCGCCAGAAUCCAUUGCACAUACACUCGUAACACUUGCACUUGUUCACAUUAGAUUUAAUUUGUUGACUUUGAUCAGUAGUUGGUAGAGUUAGACAAUGCCAAAGCGUUGUGUCGUAGAAUAAUGAGUCAUACAAAUUCGCGUGUAGUUUUGUUUCUUUCUCUCAUCCCAUUAGUCCAAUCGAGGCAUUAUUAUUUACUCUAGAGUUAAGUGUUCAGACGAUGGAAAUAUACAAGAUUAAAUCUGG